CGCGAUCGCAGCGCCCCGUGGCUCCAAAGCGCCUAACGACGCCGCUCGCCGGUCCCGCUGCUGCAGCCUGUGCUGCCACCCGCGUUCCGGCUGCCGCCGCCUCGGCCGCCGCAGCACUGCCAUCAGAAUGUCUCGAAGGAAGAUUUCGUCCGAGUCCUUCAGCUCCCUGGGCUCUGACUACCUGGAGACCAGCCCCGAGGAGGAGGGGGAAUGCCCCAUGUCCAGGCUCUGCUGGAACGGCAGCCGGAGCCCUCCCGGGCACGCCGAGCCCCGCGCGGCCGCUGCCGCCGCUCCGGCCCCGGCUGCCUCCGCCGCCGCCGCCGCCGCCAACGCUGGGGCAAGGAGGGCGCAGCGCCGGAGGCGGGUCAACCUGGACUCGCUGGGCGAGAGCAUCAGCCGCCUGACUGCACCCUCGCCUCAGACGAUUCAGCAAACUCUCAAGAGGACAUUGCAGUUUUAUGAGCACCAAGUUAUUGGUUAUAGGGAUGCAGAAAAGAAUUUCCACAAUAUCUCUAACAGAUGCUCCUAUGCAGACCAUUCCAACAAAGAGGAAAUUGAAGACGUCUCAGGAAUUCUUCAGUGUACUGCUAAUAUACUCGGUUUGAAGUUUGAGGAAAUUCAAGAAAGAUUUGGUGAGGAAUUCUUUAAUAUAUGCUUUGAUGAGAAUGAGAGAGUCCUUCGAGCUGUAGGUGGCACGUUGCAGGACUUUUUUAAUGGCUUUGAUGCUUUGUUGGAACACAUUAGAACUUCUUUUGGAAAACAGGCCACUCUGGAGUCACCAUCAUUCCUAUGCAAAGAGCUUCCUGAAGGUGCCCUUAUGCUCCACUACUUCCAUCCUCACCAUGUUGUGGGCUUUGCGAUGCUGGGGAUGAUUAAGGCUGCAGGAAAGAAGAUCUAUCGGUUGGAUGUGGAAGUGGAACAGGUUGCAAAUGAGAAAUUGUGCUCUGAUGGCUCAAACCCAGGCAACUGUAGCUGUCUUACUUUCCUUAUCAAAGAAUGCGAAAAUAGUAAUAUCACAAAAAACCUUCCUCAGGGAACCUCCCAAGUUCCUGAGGACCUGAGAAUUAGCAUCAACACCUUCUGCAGAGCCUUCCCUUUCCACUUGAUGUUUGACCCCAACAUGUCAGUGCUUCAGCUGGGGGAAGGCCUGAGGAAGCAGCUCCGGUGUGACACUCACAAAGUGCUCAAGUUUGAGGACUGCUUUGAGAUUGUUUCUCCAAAGGUGAAUGCCACCUUCGAAAGGGUCCUGCUGAGACUGUCUACCCCAUUUGUGAUUAGGACCAAGCCUGAGGCUUCUGGCACAGAAAAUAAAGACAAGGUGAUGGAAGUCAAAGGACAAAUGAUCCAUGUCCCAGAAUCAAAUUCCAUUUUAUUCUUGGGCUCUCCGUGUGUGGACAAGUUGGAUGAACUUAUGGGCCGGGGACUGCAUCUCUCAGACAUCCCCAUCCAUGAUGCCACCCGAGAUGUCAUUUUGGUUGGUGAGCAGGCAAAGGCCCAAGAUGGUUUGAAGAAGAGGAUGGAUAAAUUAAAAGCAACUUUAGAAAGAACUCACCAGGCCCUGGAAGAAGAGAAAAAGAAGACAGUGGAUCUCCUAUACUCUAUUUUCCCUGGUGAUGUAGCCCAGCAAUUGUGGCAAGGGCAGCAAGUGCAGGCCAGAAAGUUUGAUGAUGUCACCAUGCUCUUCUCAGACAUUGUGGGCUUCACAGCCAUCUGUGCUCAGUGUACCCCCAUGCAGGUGAUCAGCAUGCUGAAUGAACUGUACACCAGAUUUGAUCACCAGUGUGGCUUUUUGGAUAUUUAUAAGGUGGAAACAAUAGGUGAUGCAUACUGUGUUGCUGCAGGACUCCACAGAAAAAGCCUCUGCCAUGCUAAACCCAUUGCACUGAUGGCUCUGAAGAUGAUGGAACUUUCAGAAGAGGUGCUGACACCUGAUGGAAGACCAAUUCAGAUGAGGAUAGGCAUUCACUCAGGCUCUGUGCUGGCUGGAGUUGUUGGGGUAAGAAUGCCCCGAUACUGCCUGUUUGGAAAUAAUGUCACUCUGGCAAGCAAAUUUGAAUCGGGAAGUCACCCUCGGCGCAUCAACGUCAGCCCAACCACUUACCAAUUAUUAAAAUGGGAAGAAAGUUUCACAUUUAUUCCUCGGUCCCGUGAAGAGCUUCCAGACAACUUUCCAAAGGAAAUCCCUGGAAUCUGCUAUUUCCUGGAGGUAAGGACUGGUCCUAAACAGCCAAAGCCUUCACUUUCUUCAUCGAGAAUAAAGAAGGUUUCCUACAACAUUGGCACCAUGUUCCUCCGGGAGACAAGCCUCUGAGACCCGCUACAGAUCAAAGACUCCUCCAAAAGCACAAGCCCAGACCAUGGGUCACGACAGGAGGGUGGAAAGAGAUUCUCUUUCACUGCUUUGUUGAGAACAAACAGAGCAAUUUCUGUUAUGUCAGGCAAUAAUCCUAGAAAAAGGUAGAUGAUGACUGUCAAUUAAAAAAACUGGAGGGUGGGGGGAGGAAUAAGGUGUGUCCAUCCAUAUGAGUGUUUUUGGUCAUAUUAUGUAUUUUAAUUACAAGUAUGGGCCCUCUUUCCAAACUAACCAAUAAAUAGACUUCAUGUUUUUGUGUUUGUCACACAUACAGGUAUCUUUCCCUAUAUAUUUGUAUCACUUUUAAGAGCCAGUUUUGAUUAUAUAUUCCUACAUUUUGUGAGUUGGUAUGUGAAGAAUAUUUUCUAAUUUUGUUUUUCUGAACAGACAUUUCAUAGUAUAUCAUGGCAGUGUGGUAAACUUCCCAGUAGGAAGAACUGUAACUCAGCAAAAUAUUUUAGGGAUAUUACCUAUUUUUAUACAUAUCUGUUCUAGAUAAUUACAUUUCACAUAACAUUAUUAGAUUUUUCAGAAUCUGCUACUGUAUAGUUGGUACACUAUGUAACUCUAACCUAUUAAAUGAAUAUAGUUUUACUCAUUAGUGCUUAGACUGAGAACACGUAUGACCAAGGAUUUUGAAUGAUGAGAAAGCAUUGUAUGUCUGCUUAGUAAAUAUAUCUUUUAGAUUUGAUUAUUGUAGCAUGGAAUCCAGAGGAAAUGGAAUUUCCUAAUAACAGAUGUAUCUGUAACCAAGAUGAAAGAAAGGUGUUUUUUGCCAUCUUCUAGCAAAUAUCAGUCAAAUAAAAUGAUCUCUACACUGGACACAUUUCAACUUAGCACUUGCAAAUACAGGUAGUUAUUGUAAUGUACUAACCUGCAUUCGAAUAAAGAGUAUCCUACUAAAUGACAUGUUCACACUUCUCCACCCCCAUCAUGAGGGAUGACUCCUAAGGCCAUUCUUGGGUGCAUAUUCCUAGAUACUGGCAUUAGUGAGAAAGGUAUAGGACAUUUCCCCAACAAUGUUUUUUCUCUUUGCAUAAUAAAAAGCAAGGGAAAAAGUCCUGUAUAUUAUAGCUUUCAGAUUAAAAAAAAUGUUUUCUGCAGUUUGACUGAUUUGAUUUUUAAAUUCAGUGAAUCAUUUUCAAAACACUGAAGCAAGUCUAACCUUUAGACUUAGUAAUCACCAUAGUUACAGAUAGGUUUCCAUCGCAUGUUCUGCUAAAAUGAAGACCAGUUCCCAAUAAGUAGCACUGCAUGAAAAUAUUGUUACAGAUUCACCCUGAAAUUUGGAGCACAGUGUGUCCAGAGAUUUACUAUUUUGGAUCAGAUAUAAAACCUAAGUUUCUAUUGAGGCUAAUGAGCUGGAAGCAUUUGUUUCCUUAAAACCUUAGGGUAUCCAUUUUCUUACUAUAGUAGGUAUACUUACUAGUAGCUCAUGUCUACUGAAUACAAUAUAUUUUUUCUUCUGGUCAGAGAUUUUGGCUGCAUUAUGAUUUGGUUAUGACAUAACUGAGGAGCAUGUUAACUAGUGUCCAAUGUUGUCUGUGAGGCUGAAUUAGUGUUUUUAAGUUAUCUAAGUGUGUAGCUAGAAAACAUUGAUAGGCAUGCAAAGUUUUUGUUAAAAUGGUCAUCACUUUUAUAAUUGUUGAAUUUGAUCUAGCCCUGGGGCUUCUGAGGACACUAGGGUAACACUCUUCAUGUGGGAUGGGCCCUAGACCCAGAGGUGUCUGAAUUCUUGCCCGUGCCUCUGUUUUCCCUGGGCCUACCUCUCUGUUUUUAACCUUAUGGGGUAAAAUGGCCAGGGUGUUAUGAGAGGCUGUGUAGGCUGAGGACAAGGUUCUCUCAUGGGAGUAAUCACUGACAAAAUAACUCUUCAGGGCACUGGGAGAUUAAAACACUUCCUUCACAGGGAACGGGGCGAGCUGUAUAGUCUUCAUGCUGAGAAUAGGAAACCCCUGAGCUUUGUUGGUGGGCUCCUUGUAGCACAGGAGCAUGGGGAGAGAACCCAGCUCACUGAGGUCAUUUAUGCUUAUUCUGCACAGCAACUAAGAGCUUUUUAUGAUAUGGUAAAUCAAUAAAUAUUUUGGCAGUAAACAAUGCAUUAUGUAACCAUAGGCUGAAAGGGACUUCCAGGAAUCAUCCAAUCUAUUUCUCUGCUUCUUAUAAAGAUUUGUCUAAGCAACCAUUCUAAACAUAUAGUUAUUCUCUCUAUUCGUAUGAUCACCUAUGGGAAGCAUAUUUUAAAAGCAUCACUGGAAAUCCAUUUUAUUAUCUGGCAAUGGUAAUAGGGCCCAAAACAAGAAUUGUUUAUGCAUUCAAUUUGUCAAAAGAAUAACAAACUCUUUUUUAGUUUAUAUGACUUUACGUAGAGAAGAAGUAGCCAUUUACAUUGUCACAAUGAAGAAUAAUAUGCUAGAGAUCUACUAAGUUUCACAGACAUGAUGUAAACUACAUUUUUCAUGCAAUAUAGUCUAAAUAUAUCUUUAAAGCUAUAG